CUGAGGCAAGGGAUAACCCAUAUGACCUCCGUUCGCUUUCUUGGUACCCUUGUGCAGCACCUAACCUAUACAUCUAUACUCAGCAGCUGUGUUGGUGACUUCGAUGAACGGUGUCAGUGGAGUGUGUGUGGGUGGAGGGAUAAGAGCUGGAUUACAGUUCCUUCAAAAAAGAGAAGAAUUGGAGACAGCAAGGAUGGACAAUUUUCUCAAUGAGCUUUGCCAUAACAGCUUUUCCACAGCCGUGGUUCUGACACCUGAAGGGACAGAAGCGAGCUCUGGAAGCUCCAACAGACUGAGCAGGACCGUCAGUACAGCGCGGCCUCCGCAUGGCCCCGUCGUGAGAGGCCGGACCCAGAGGCUGGGACCAGGAGCGGUCUAGUGGAGUCCUAGGAGCAGCCAGGAAGGGGUGGAAGCAGUGGCUGCCAUGGAUGAGGAUAAGCUCCCCUCUGCCCUGCCUGAGGAAGGUGGUACCACCUGGGACCCCAACCUGGACCCAGAUGAGGAGCCCAGGGUCCAGAGUAGAACAGCAGCUGAUGAGGGCCUGGGAAGCAGCCUUGGGUGCCUGGGGCACGAGCAAAGGGGCAUGCUGGCAUGUGCUGAGGAGCCCACAAAGAACGUGGAUGUGGCUCUCCAUGGCCUCAGCCUUGGCCUCUCUCUUACCAAUGGCCUAGCCCUGGGACCAGACUCGAGCAUUCUGGAAGAUUCAACAGAAUCCAGGCCUUGGAGGACUGGUGAGCUGGCAGAGGGGGAUGAUACCCCCGGGAGCCUUUGUUCAGACACUGAAGACCCUCAGCUGGGGCUGGGAGGUCCUGGGGAGCCAGACGUGCGGGAUGGCUUCAGUGCCACAUUUGAGAAGAUUCUGGAGUCAGAGCUGCUGCGGGGCACCCAGUACAGCAGCCUCGACUCCCUAGACGUGCUGAGCCUCACAGACGAGAGUGACAGCUGUGUCAGCUUCGAAGCCCCUCUCACGCCGCUCAUCCAGCAGCGGGCCCGUGAUAGCCCUGAGCCAGGGGCUGGGUUGGGCAUUGGGGACAUGGGGUGUGAGGGGGACAUGGGGGCAGCGGGUGGUGAUGGGGAGCUGGGCAGCCCCCUGCGGCGCUCCAUCUCCAGCAGCCGCUCGGAAAACGUCUUGAGCCACCUGUCUCUCACGGCUGUGCCCAAUGGAUUCCACGAAGAUGGACCCCAGAGCCCAGGUGGGGACGAGGAUGAUGAUGAUGAGGACACAGACAAGUUGCUGAAUUCUGCCAGUGACACCAGCCUGAAAGACGGCCUGUCAGAUUCAGACUCAGAGCUGAGCAGCUCAGAGGGGCUGGAGCCUGGUAGCACAGACCCGCUGGCCAACGGGUGCCAGGGCGUCAGUGAAGCUGCUCGCCGCCUGGCACGCCGCCUCUAUCACCUUGAGGGUUUCCAACGCUGUGAUGUGGCCCGGCAGCUGGGCAAGAACAAUGAGUUCAGCAGGCUGGUGGCCGGGGAGUACCUCAGUUUCUUCGACUUCUCAGGCCUGACUCUGGACCGAGCACUCAGAACAUUCCUGAAGACUUUCCCACUGAUGGGGGAGACUCAAGAGCGUGAGCGGGUCCUUACACACUUCUCUCGCCGCUACUGCCAGUGCAACCCUGAUGACAGCACCUCGGAAGAUGGGAUCCACACACUCACCUGUGCCCUGAUGCUGCUCAACACAGACCUGCACGGACAUAACAUUGGCAAGAAGAUGUCCUGUCAGCAAUUCAUUGCCAACUUGGACCAGUUGAAUGAUGGCCAAGACUUUUCCAAAGAUCUGCUGAAGACCCUUUACAACUCCAUCAAGAAUGAAAAGCUGGAAUGGGCCAUUGAUGAGGAAGAGCUGAGGAAAUCUCUGUCUGAGUUGGUGGAUGACAAGUUUGGGAUGGGCAUAAAGAAGGUGACACGCAUCCUGGAUGGAGGCAACCCCUUCCUGGAUGUUCCGCAGGCUCUCAGUGCCACCACCUACAAGCACGGUGUGCUGACCCGGAAGACUCACGCUGACAUGGAUGGCAAGAGGACGCCCCGUGGGAGGCGUGGCUGGAAGAAAUUCUACGCGGUGCUCAAAGGGACCAUCCUUUACUUGCAGAAGGAUGAGUACAGGCCCGAUAAAGCUCUGUCAGAAGGCGACUUGAAGAAUGCCAUUCGCGUGCAUCAUGCUCUGGCCACCAGGGCCUCUGACUACAGCAAGAAGUCCAACGUGCUCAAGCUGAAGACAGCCGACUGGAGGGUCUUCCUCUUCCAGGCACCAAGCAAGGAAGAAAUGCUGUCCUGGAUCCUUAGGAUCAACCUGGUGGCAGCCAUCUUCUCGGCCCCAGCCUUCCCAGCUGCUGUCAGCUCCAUGAAGAAGUUCUGUCGGCCCUUGUUGCCUUCCUGCACCACUCGCCUCUGCCAGGAAGAGCAGCUGCGGUCUCAUGAGAAUAAGCUGAGACAGGUAACUGCAGAGCUGGCUGAGCACAGGUGUCACCCAGUCGAGAGGGGCAUUAAGUCCAAGGAGGCUGAGGAGUACCGGCUAAAGGAGCACUAUCUCACGUUUGAGAAAAGCCGUUAUGAGACCUAUAUCCACCUCCUGGCUGUGAAAAUCAAAGUGGGUUCAGAUGACCUGGAGCGGAUUGAGGCCCGCCUGGCCACCCUGGAAGGGGAUGACCCUUCUCUCCGGAAGACACACUCAAGCCCUGCCCUCAGCCAAGGCCACGGGCCUGUGACUGGCAGCAAAGCCACAACGGAUGCCACUGGGCAUGAUACUUAGCUGGCAUGAAUGCAAAGGCCCUGGAGGCAGGCAAAUGCCCCCAUAGGGGUCAGUGAGCACAAUUCCAGCCAGGGGCCACUUGGACCAAGCUCCAGGCAGUUAAUGGGCAGUCAGAGGAGUGUGGAGAGCCUGUAGGCCGAGGAAAUGGGGAUGUCAUUCAUGGCACUGAUCUUCCUAUAUCCUGGGGUACCUCUGGGCCUCAGACGCUCUUCUCAGCCCUCAUUCCCUCUCCACCACAGAGCCUGAUUUUGUAGGGCAGUUGUGUGCAUGUUCUAGACACCAUCUCGCUGGAAAAGCUGGGAGGGCCAUUGUCUUCCUAGGUCUUCCUCUUCUCCCAAGCUCCUCCCCGCUGUCUCCUCAUUUGUGAGGGCAGGUCUCCAUGUGGACUCCACCCCUUCUCCUCCUCCUUCCCCUGAGUUGAGCAGCAGCAGGUCUGCAGACCACCAGCACCAUCACCCCCCCUCCCUAGGCCUCCUGCCUCACAUCGCAAUAAUCCAGGCCUGGGCCUGCUCCCUCUCAAUGCCAAGUUGACUCCACUCAUGUAUAUGUCCACCUCUCCUUCCACCUAUCGAGGCCACUAUUGCCUCCUUUUUAUACAGACAUAAAUGUACAUAUAUAAGAAGGAUAGAUAUAAGGAACCCCUUUAAAGAUGGUUUGGGAGUUGAUUGUCAGUCAGGGGAUGAAAUAACAUGAAGGAAACCCCUAUUUUGGAGCUCUACCUGUUAGGAGGAGGGCUACCUCUGGCCUGGCAGUCCUGGUGCUCUGGUAGAGAAGAGGGCUCACCCUGUUUCUUCCCUCUUGUGGCUGACCUGUGACUUACACUGCUCUUACAGUUAAUGCUUUUCGAAAAAAUAGAGCAUGGGUGGACCACCCCAUCUGUCCUAUGGACCUCCUAGGGUGUGAAUGGGAUGGAACAAUAGCCCUGUUUAUUGUAUUUGAGUCUUAAUGUUUGUAUUGCCAGGUCUCUGAGCUCCAGAGUUGGCUUCUUGGACACAUCUACUGCUACAUGAAUAAAAAACACUCAGCCUUGCAAAUAGCCACUUGUCACCAAGCCCAAAGAUGGGGAAAGUUAUGGAAAUCAUUAAUUCUAAUCUUGGGAAAAAGUGGAAUGACAAGUUAUUGUUUUUUGUUUUUUUUUUUUUAAACGGAGUCUCAUUCUGCUGUGGGUUGAGUCAUAGUCAUAUGGCAUCUUAGCUCAUAGGAACCUCAAAUUCUUGGGCUCAAGAGUUCCUCUUGCCUUAGCCUCCCAAGUAUCUGGGACUACAGGCACCCACCAGGAUGCCCAGCUAGUAUUUCUAUUUUUAGUGGAGACAGGGUCUUGCUCUUGCUCAGGUUAGUCUUGAACUCCUGACCUCAAGCAAUCCACCUGCUUUGGCCUCCCAACAAUUUAUUGUUUUUAAGUUGCUAUUUCUUUCAUUUUUCUAGUAAAUCAGAAAGGCUUAGGUAAGGAGAUGUCUGGGAAGAAUAGAGAAAUUUGCCAUGUGAUGAUCACAGAUUGACAUCUUUCAUUUGACUCUGCAUUCUUCCGACUGACAAGUUGGUGGGUGUGAUGGAACCUUCAUUGUGGCUGUCGUGAGCAAAUCCUCUCUAUUGUUUAAAUAGAUCACAGUAGUUUGGCCAGCAAUUUGAACUCCAUGGCAACAUAUUUAGUUAAUAUAAUAAGCCAGCCUUGCAACUAAGUACCUAACAUUUACAAACCCUCUCACAUUUAAUGCAAAGGAUGGUUGAGUUUGUAGAGAGAAGUAGUGAUUUAAAUCUAGAUUAUUUAAAUUGGAUCAGUUGAAAUGUGUUUUAUAAACAAACCAUCUGGCCCCUUCAUUUUGCUCAGAGGAAGUAAAUGUUCAUUUAAAUGAAAUUGAAAACACAAAGUGGCAACAUAAAAGAGCUCUCUGUACUUUCUCCAUGCUGCCUCAAAUGUCCUUUGGUUUUUGGGGUCAGUGUCCCAACCUCUACUUCACAAAGGUGGUGUGUGGAAAGCAGAGAUGCAAGCUCCAGCAGCUGCAGACAGAUGUGCUUCCCCAAGCACUAGUUGUGCCUCCCCUCAGUAAAAAAAUUUUUAGUUUGCUUCCUUAACUGUAUAAUUAUUUAUUUGUAAAUUAUAUACAUGUACUACUGUACUAAAAUACUAUGUACAUUAUGAAACCUACACAAAAAUAGAAAUUUAAAAAAGAUGAUAAGAAAAUAAAUCUAAAUCAAAGUUCUAA